GGUGCUAGUUUGUGGCAUGGUCUUUAUUUGGUGGCGAUGUCUCUUUGGGUGUGUUUGAAUUGGAUAUUAGCAAACACCAAGUACACUGUACAUCCACAUGAGUUCUGGUUUUGUUUGUCUUGUCUUUUCUUGCUUUGAGUUGGCAUGCAGGCUAGCUCUCUUUUCACAAUUGCAUCGCAUUAUCUUCUUUUUGAGGACAUUGAUAUUUAGACACUUUUUCAAUAAAACUUAAAGUGUUGCAGAUUUAUCAAACAUCAAAAUGUUAGGCCCCAUCUAUACAGAAUCUUUAAGGUAUAGAACUGCAUACUAUCCUCAAUUUCCUGGUGGUCCAGCACCGCACCCAACCUUCCUCCCCCACCCACCUCCACCGACAUCAACCCAACCACAACCACCGCCCCCACCUCAACAUCCUGCCAUGUAUAGCAGUCACAGUUACCCGUAUGCCUUCAAUCAAUCCCCCCACCAGACCCCACCCAGCCACACCCCACCUCAACCUUACAUGCCCAUGCCUUCCCAUUCCCAGCCCAACCUGAGCUAUCCACACCCCUCACCCGCCCCUCCCUCCUACCCUACCCCUCCGACAUCGGCAACAUCAUCACCAGCAGCAUCCAUGACAGCAGUGGGAGGAACACCAGGGGCGAGCAGGGGGUCAUCGGAGUUCCCCCUCCUGACACACUUGUCAGUGGAUGAACUUCAAAGGUUACUUGCCGCGGAGGACAAACUGAAUGAUAUUGCGGAUGAUGCAAAUCAGAAUAAACAGAGGAGGGUCGACAAGGAAAUGGCUAUGGCAGAGAAUAGGAGUCUAGCAGACUUCAAUCUAUCACGAGAAACAAGGUUACGGGAAGGACGCAACCAGCUAGCACGACUCCACGAAGAGGCCAAGAGGAUACGAGAAAUUUAUGAUGUAGACAGGAGAAGAUUAGAGUCUUUAAAUGAGAAUUAUUCAUUGGAUGCUGCCAAAGUCAUGUUAGAAACCUCAGCAACCAAGACAGAAGAAGAAUCAGAGGAAAUUGCUGAAGAGUUCUUGAACGGCAACUUACCCUUAUCGGAUUUUGUUGAACAAUUUAUCCAGAGGCGCUCGAUGGCACACAUACGACGGAUUAAAUCAGACAAAAUGCAAGAACUGUUGAGAAAUUCUAGUAGCACCAAUCCUCCAGCUGCACAGAAUGUAGAUAUCCCCAUGACCACGCCCAUGGGCUACACCCCCAUGCCCACCAGACCUGCACCUGCUGCCCCCCCUGCUACCGGUAGCCAGAUACCUAUGUACUAUCCUGGAUACUCUUCACACACCCCUGCACCUGUUCCUGCCCCAGUAGCAGCCAGUGGGUCGUCAUGGUCACCCUACCAAGGAUCGUCCAGUACACCAUCCCUACCGGUUUAUCCCCGUUAACAGCAUCUAUAAACUGCCAAAAUGAGACUGAGCAUUAUUAGAUGAAGGCACUGGUAAUGGAGGCAGUGACAACGGGCAGCCAUCAACAAGUGCAGGUUGAGUUCAAUCUUGAUGCUAAUCAUUCUAUGUUUGGACAAGUUGAAGGAGCUACAUG